CCCCCACUGUACAUUGAAAGCCUUUGUGUUGCAUACAGUACAAAGAGUGUUUCAGAUGGAGUUAGAGAAUAUGUGUGGUCAGCCUGUUCUGCCUUCAUGCAGCUCAAUAGACUCCAGCACCUCUACCAACCUGCUCCCACUGAGAAUAUAGUUAUGCAGAUUGCUUGCUUUGGCAUUUUUCCAGUUUUGGAUCGGAAAGAGACAAAUUUUCCAAAGAAAUGGGAGACUGGUCAAUUCUUGGCCGCUUCCUAACGGAGGUGCAGAACCACUCCACCGUGAUCGGCAAGAUCUGGCUGACCAUGCUGCUCAUCUUCCGCAUCCUGCUGGUCACCCUGGUGGGAGACGCCGUCUACAGCGACGAGCAGUCCAAGUUCACCUGCAACACCCUGCAGCCUGGCUGCAACAACGUGUGCUACGACACGUUCGCCCCUGUCUCCCACCUGCGUUUCUGGGUCUUCCAGAUCGUCCUCGUCUCCACCCCCUCCAUCUUUUACAUCGUCUACGUGCUGCACAAAAUCGCCAAGGACGAGAAGCUGGAGAUCGAGAAGGUCCAGGAGGUGGCCCGCGAGAGGGCCAAACAGGUGGGCCUGGAUGAGGACGCGGCCCUGGAGAGUGGCAGCCCCAGGUACCAGCCCUGCUACCUGGAGGAGUGGGGCGCACAGGAGGGAGAGUGUGUGGAGCAGAGCCUGCUGGAGGAGGAGCUGAGGGAGGUGGGGAAGGACCCCACCCAGCUCUCCAGCCAGGUCCUGCUCAUCUACAUCAUCCACGUGGUGCUGCGCUCCAUCAUGGAGAUCACGUUCCUGGUGGGGCAGUGUUACCUGUUUGGGUUCGAGGUGCCGCACCUGUUCCGCUGUGAAACCUACCCCUGCCCCAAUCGGACUGAUUGCUUCGUGUCCCGCGCCACAGAGAAGACCAUCUUCCUUAACUUUAUGUUCAGCAUCAGCCUGGGCUGCUUUGUACUCAACAUCGUGGAGCUGCACUACCUGGGCUGGGUCUACAUCUUCCGGGUGCUGUGCUCUGCUUGCUCCACCUGCUGCGAGGCAGAGAGGGACCCUUUGGAGCGCGUGGGGCUGUACGCCCAUCACAACCCCCUGCUUCUGCAGCUUACACACUCCUUACGGGGCCGGGUGGUCCUCCAGACGCCCACAGCCAUGUCCCAGGAGAAGAGCAGCAGGGCCCCCGCCAUCUCCUUCCAGACGGACUCCACAGUGGAGUACACCUCCAGAAGGAGUCCGGACGAGAAGGAGCGCACCAAGUCCAAGCUGGCCGGCAUGAGCAGGCUGGGGAGAGGGAAAAAGUCCUGGCUGUAAACUGUCUUCUGUUUUCUUUCUUUUUUUUCUCUUUUUAUAUUUCUCUUUUGCUUCUUCCUCUGAUUGCGUUUGUUUAUCUGAAGAUUUGGUUUAAACAUGUUUACAGUAAGAGUGCAAAAGCAACUGUCCUUUGAGCCUUUUGCAGUGAAUCUUUAGGUAUUCCAUGCUAGGAGUACUUAGACACCAGCACAGUGCCUGUAUGGUCUUCUUUAAGAGAAAUACAUUAGUUAAUAUUCUCAUGUCCAUACCAUAUCCAUAUCAGUACAUUCGUUGAGAUAUGAUUAAAAAACAACAACAGCAUGAGCAUGCACAGGCAUUGUCACAUUAUAAUCCUUAUUAUCAUUUAAACUGUGAGAAUAUAUGUUGUUUUGGUUAUCUUUGGAAUCAAAUGUCACUUUAUUCUAAUCUAGAGAAACUUUGAUAAAAUGUGUGGCUGUCAUUGAGGAAUGUGCUCAACAGAGCUAGAACUAUACAACAUUAAAAGGUGCAAUGUUUCUAAAUGUCUGCAAUAUCAACUGAAUAAUACUUUGUGUUCAGGAAUAUUCUGAAAUGUAUUCAGUUUCCCUCUUUGAGUCAAACAAGGAAGGACAAUAGAAGUGACAUUUGAAAAGAUAGUAUCAUGAGUGAAGUAACUGAUGGACAUGGAAAUGUAUACAGUAAGAAUAUAUAUUGGGCAUGACGACUUACUGUAAGUUGAUUCUAUAAAUUAUAUGGUGCAUGUUUUGUUUGGUGUUUUAUUAUGUUUCUUUUCUGUGCUACUUAUUACAAUCCAGGCACUUUUCAAUCCUGGCAAACACAUGUUGUACAAAAUUGAUUGAGCUGUUAUUUCUGCUGCUUGUCGGACUGAUAUUACACUUUCACUGUCACAAACAAUUCAGUGCCACUGAACUGAAAACAACGUUAUAAAGAUAUAAAGAGUAGAUCAAAUAAAA